AUGCAGUCUGCACACAUGCCCAAGUUGCAGUUUUGGAGGCAACGUCAACAGCAUGUCGCCGCUGCAAGUUGUAAGCUCUCAGUCGCGGCCAUGUCGGGAGGCGAGAUGGCCGGCGAGGAAUUGUGGCAAGAGUGUUGUCACUGGUUGGCGAGAAUAGAGCUUAUUACGAGAGAUCAUGUCCUUACUUCGGAAAAUGCAAAACUCGCGGACCUUUGUCGGUUUCUUAGAGACGGUGUGAUGAUCUGUAAAAUUCUCCAUAUCUUGGACGAAGGUUGUAUAGACCUGAGAGCGAUCAACCAAAGGCCUCAGAAUGCUCAGUUCUUGUGUAUGAAAAACAUCAGCAUCUUUUUGAGUACGUGUGAGAAGUUUGGCCUCCACAAAGAUGACCUUUUUGAACCACAAAUGCUCUUUGAGCUCACAGACUUUGGAAAGGUUUUAUCGACUCUCUCCAAACUUAGCAAAACCCCAAAGGCUCAGCAGUUACAAGUGGAAGGAUUUCCACUUGUUAAUGGACGAUAUGAUGAGGCCAUAUAUGACACCCUGGUCAAAGACAUAGAGAAUGGGCCAGAAGGUGAGGGGUCUUUUGAGGAUGAGGACCUCUACUAUAACACACAUGAGGGAAUAUACAUAGAACUCAGACUCGGCCCAGCACACCAAAGCCAGUGGGAGGAAAACAUUUAUGACACUCCCAUGGACUUUGAGCCCUAUUAUUCUGAGCUAUUUGAAGAACUGGCCAGGGACUUACCAAGGGAGAAGCGAGACCUUUGCCUGCAGGAGCUCAUAGAGACAGAGAACAAUUACGUCGAAGCACUCGAGAUGCUCACAAAUAAGUUCCUCAGACCACUUAGAGAACUAAUUGAAGAAAGUCAGAUUGUGAAAAUUUUUUCAAAAAUACCGGAAUUAGCCAAGAUUCAUAGAAUUCUACAUCAGGGUCUCAAGAAAGCACAAAACAACCCCCAUGCCUACAGUGUGUCUCAAGUCUUCCUUGAUAACCAAGAAAAGCUUCUAGUUUAUGGAGAAUAUUGUGCUAAUCUCACCUCAGCCCAGCAAGAGUUAGAAGACACUAUGAAGAACAAUGAUGCUGCACGACAAAAGAUUCAGGAAUGUCAGAAGGAAGUCAGUAAAGGAAGGCACCAGUUACGAGAAUAUUUAGUAGUGCCUCUGCAGAGAAUCUUGAAAUAUCACCUUUUAUUACGAGAACUUAUUAGAUACACAUCAGCAAACCAUCCAGAUUUAGAGAACUUAAAAAAGGCACAUGAGGCAAUGAUGGAUCUAGCUGACUAUAUCAAUGAGGUUAAACGGGAUAAUGAAAUGCUACAAAUAAUUGAAGACAUUCAGACAAGUAUCAUGGACAUUCCUGAAGAACUAAGACGGAGAGAGGAGCUUGGGAAACUAAGGCUGGAUGGAGAAAUAAAGAUUGAAUGUCACCCAGAACCCAAUAAGAAAAGAUAUGUCUUUGUUUUUGACAAAGUCAUGAUGAUGUGCAAGUCAGCCAAGAGAUUAUCCCAGCUGUUUGUUAAUAAUAAUUCGAAUAGAUGGUCGAUGGGGGAGACUUCAGGAGAG